AUGUCCAACUCACGCGAUCCCGGCGAUGUUCUCCUUGGGACGACCAGCCAAGGGCCAGACUGGAUCCUCCUCUUCACAGGCACGCGCCACCUCGGUGGCGUCAGCAACUCGGGCCACCAUCCCACGAGUCCUCUCUAUCCGCUCAUCCGCGUUGCCAUUUUCCGGUGGACCCUCACGCAGAAGACGUACACGCACCCGUACCUCGACCCGCUGCGGGCGCGGCUCGCGGCCGCCACUUACAUCCCCGCCGACGUCCGCGCCGUCUACGACAAGGCGGUGCACGCGCUGCACCAGUCGUUUGGGCUCUUUUACGUCGAGAAAGACGAGCUGCUCGAGGGGUCGAUCGACCUGUUCAUCUGGGUUGGCAACGUGAUUGAGGAUUUCCUGCCGAUGCUCCGAGAGGAGACACCCCGUCAGGAGGCGCUCGUCAUCUUCAGUUAUUUCUGCAUGCUGCCGAAGAAGCUGCCGCGGCAGUGGUGGCUGAACCGGUGGGCGGACAGUAUCAAGAUCCGGACGUAUGAGCUGCUGGAUGCCGAGCACCGGACGUGGGUGGUCGAGCCGACGAUGAUAGAUGGAGGUGGGUAG